AUAUUGAUUGAUAUGUAUGUCAAGGGUGUUGAUUGACGUGUCAGUCAUAGUAUUGAUUGACGUGUCUUUCAGUGUUGAUUGACGUGUCGUUCAUAAAAAUGCAGGCUGUUUUGUAGAAAAUGCCCUCGUUCUCUGCAUCUUCUGAUUAGUAACAAAAUAUAUAAUUUUACUGAGAAGACAUUGCAUUUUAUCUUUUUUCGACAUUUUCCUAGGCUUUCUCCAAACUAGCUUGGUGUACAAACCAAGGUACUUGAUUUUCUACACAUUAUUUCUCCUAACAAUAAAAGAAAAUGCUAAUAUUGUAUAGUCAAGAUGUUUGUCUUUUUUUUCGCGUUAGUAUUUAAAAUGCCAAACAUUGCAAAAAAAGUAGAAAACCCAUUAUUUUAUCCUGACUUUUUUAUUGAGAUUCCUGUGGAGGAGAACUGUAGUUUUGAAAGUCUAUUUUACCUCUAAUCCGCUCCUAUUUAAAAAAAAAAGCUGUCUUGUAGUUUGUCAAGCCCUCUGCAGGAUUACAACGUAAUGCGUAAGGACUGGGACUCGUAACCAUAGCGUAGUUCCCAUGAUGAUUCAAUAGCACUAAACAAAGCUUUCCUGAUAUAACAGUGGAUUCUAUUAAUUAAUAAUGUAUUCCUAACAUCAUCUCUCGUUAUUUGCCUUAACAAAACUUCUAUUUUCAACAGAAAGAAUUACUUUCUUUCGAGGAAUAGUUUGAGAAUUUUAAACGCUUUCAAAUGCGAGAAAUAGUUUGAAAAUUUAAGACGCUACAAAAUACUCGUCUGUCUUGGAAAGUUUGAGAGACAUACCGACGAAAGACUCACCUACAAGUGCUAGUGUUGCUGAAGUGACGAUGACGGUUAUGGAGGAGCAGCUGACGUCACGAAGCGUGGAGAUGGUGGUGACAGAGACAGCCAUCGCGGGGGGUCUUGCCCUCGCUUCCUUUAUCGGAAACGCCCUGGUCCUACUCUCUGUUCUACUGAACGCUAGACUACGCAAGCAGCAAUAUCUGUACAUCGCCAACUACGCCUUCAUUGACCUUCUUGUCGCUUGCGCGGUGCUCCCUCUCUCGAUCUACGCUCUUGCUUUUGGCUCUUGGCCCGUUGGAGCAACAAUUUGUACACUUCAAGGUCAUGUGGUCAUGGUAUUGCCCGCGAUCACGAAUAUCACCAUGGCGAUAUCAGCGGUAGAUCGUGCAUUUGCGACGUCAAAGCCCAUAAGCCAUGCCACGUUUUUCACGCGUCGUUACACGAGUAUUCUAAUCACCCUGUGCUGGCUCGUCGUGCUAGCACUUCCGGCCUCCUUCUUCAUUAACAACAGGAAGUUUGUCUUUCAUCCGGGGUACGCGUUAUGUAAAACAGAUGAGGGGUAUAUGGAUACUGGGACUGUAGAGUUCUUCUAUGCCGUCGUGCCUUUUAUUAUCACCGGAAUCAGUUACGUUAACAUCAAGAUAGGACUGAGGAAGAAUGCUCACGCGCUUGUGAAAAUGCGACAUCACGCGCAAUGGGAGUUCCUCAGCUCAUGGCGGGCGGAGGAUGCCGUGACGGCACUGUACGCGGCGUUAGCCAUUGCUGUUCUUCUAUGCGCGCUACCCGGGUACGCAUUCAACGCUGCGUUGGGAUCGAGAAUCUUCUUCGAUCCUGUCACCUUGCCCCGCUCCCUAUACCUUGCGGGCACAUAUGCCCUCGCUCUCGGGAGUGCUGUUAAACCUAUGAUUAUAGUAUCGAAGGAUAAGGACUUUGCGGCUGCGUUGCGGCGGAUUCUGAGGUGCAGCAAGCGAAGUUCUGCCAAGGUUGGAGACAUUCCGCGGAUUUAUGGCGGCGCUGAAAGUGUUUUACAAAGUGACUGCGGUGCUGGGGUUAGGCAAUUUUUAUCGGCUUAUGGUGGUACUGAGCGCGCAGAGCCUUGUGGGAGAUCAACUCGUGCGUCGUCUGGCAGGAAGAACGGGUGGGCUGAGCAUGAGGAGGUGAAUGAGGAGGGGAAUGAGGGUGGGAAUAAGGAGGUGAAUGAGGAGGAGAAUGAGGGGGAAUGA